CGGCCGGUUUCCCGCCACGCGCCUCUCAUUCUAGUGGAGGCGGCGGUUGAAAUCAGUAGUGGGAUGCCAGUGUGAGCACUACCCUGCUGCAAACAUGAGUGACUCUGAUCUGGGCUCGAGUGUGAGGCGGCGGUAUACCGACCUCUCCCUCGACCUCAACCUCGAUCAAGUGACGGCGGACGAGGCAUGGAAUAAUUACGAGAACAUCCAGCUGAAAUACACUCUGGAGGGUGACCAGUUACCCUGGUUAGCCUGUGCACUCUAUGCAGCAUGUCGACGGCGGUCUGUUCCCACAGUAGGAGCGCCUGGCAAUAUGAUUCAAGGCAAUUGUGUCUCUCUGACACGCAUGUUGCAACACUGCAAUCUUCCGUAACUGACAGAAUUCAUCAAGAAAAUGACAUCAUGGUUGGCCAUGUCACACUUCGACGAAGGCUUCUGCAGACGCGUGGACUUACUGGAAAAGAAUUUUGCAGUGUCAAACAACAUUCAAAAGUACAAACCCAUCUUUUAGACCUCUUUAAAGACCAGCAGAUGACUUACACGUCUGCCUAGAUCUCGCAAACAGAGAAGACCACCAUGUAACGCUACAGAGCUUUUCCACUUCUGUUGGGACCUUGUAUAUUUUAUCAAAGGAAAAUAUCCAUGUAUUCCUCAGGAUCUUGUUAGCUGCUACUCUUUACUGCUGGCAUCAAUUGACAUUAUUUAUGCUAAUGUUGUUUUGUCCAACCGAAAAGAUCUUUUGAAUCCAAAUUGCAAAGGAUUGCCAGAGAAUUUGUUCAACACUGACUCCAGUGGUAGUGAACUGUCAUCAUGGCCAGUGUCUAUCAUGGAUUAUCUGUGUGAGAAAUUUGAAGGAGUCCUCAUCGAAACAAAAGUUGUGCGAGAGUAUUAUUGGAAUAAGCAUAUCAGAGACUUGAUUGAAAAGAAGGUACUAAAAGGUGGCAUUGAAGGUACAGGACUCUUAGAACAAGCCAACUUUGACCAUAAUGUUAAAGAAGUAAAAAAUGCCUAUGAGGAGUAUUUGCUAAGCUAUGGCGAAUUUGAUGAAAGGAUGUUCUUGAAUGAAGAUGAAGUUGUGAGAGGUGUGACUGUAACAUCACCUCCCUCAACACACACCACACACCAGGACUCUCCUGUUGAUGUUAGUUCUAUGAAGCAGGCCAGAAGAAACUUGGUUCAGUCCUUCGACGGGGAUCACCACCUUGUACCCCAGACCCCUAUCACUGGCCGCCGUUACACCAUCAACCGGCCAAACAUUGGCAACACACCUCUAACAGUGGUGACGUCAGGUCUUCAGAAAUUGUAUGCACUCUUGGCUGGCAGGAAAAACAAUGCCAGUGAGGAGCUUUUGGAAAUGUUCAAGAGUUGUAAGGAUAAUCCAGAGGAAAAGAUCAGCUCUUUAGUGACAGAACUGAGUGAUGAAUUUUGCCGGCUUUAUACUCAGGCCACAGAGGACUACACUGGACCAAGUAUAGAAUUUGCCAAAUUAAGAUUACAAAUGGGACAAAUGCUUUACUACACCUUCUUGGAACACAUAUUAGUGGAUGAACGAAAGCGUGGAGUUGAUCUCAUGGCAUUCCUAAAAGAGGAUUUAUUCCACCGCACACUCUUCACAUGCUGUCUAGAAAUUGUGCUCAAGUCAUAUAAUGACCCUAGAAGAUUCCCUUGGUCUUUACAAGUUGGAAAUGUAGACCCAUACUAUUUUAUUCGUAUCAUUGAGCCUGUCAUUCGAUCAGAGAAGCAGUCAGACAAUCAGCUUUCAAGAGAGUUGGUGAAACAUUUAAAAGGGAUUGAGGAACAGAUACUAGAUUCUUUGGCUUGGAAAGCUGAAUCUCCCCUGUGGCAGAUCAUUCAAAAUGGACAAGUUAUUCCAUCUUGCCAAGAUGUCAAUUUUGCUGACCAGUUAGAGACGGAAAUGAAUCCUGCCACCCCUUCUAUAAAUGUAUCCUCAACUCUCAUGUCCCCAGCUUUAAAACUAGUCAGUGACAAGGCUACUCCUAGCAGUGUGCAGCUUUCUCCUCUUUCAACGAUCUCAGAAAGAUUCCAGUCCCCAAUGGGUCAGUCAUCAGCAAGACGGACACUAUUCCCAACCUCUACUUCAGCAGGGUCCCUAAAUCCUCCGUCCACCCUGACAGUAGCACGACCGCCAGGGCUUGGUGGCCGACUGCCUACAGUGUCAUCUGUAGUCACAUCUGCAUCACCAAAUGUUCAAAAGUCACCUAGUAAAAUCACAGUCCAGGUAAAGGAGAAUGGUGUGACAUUAUACACGGUACCAACAAAUCAAGGUUCAGUAACUACUCCAGAUGCAAUUGGGGAUGUGGCUGGGGAGAGAGUAGCAGAUACACCAAACACUGAAAAGAAGAAAGACAAACCAAAGAGACAUGGUUCUUUAGCACUAUUUUGUAGGAAGUUUUAUACAUUAGCAAAUAUGAGGCUGCGAGAAUUGUGUGAUAGAUUAGAUAUAAAUGACAAAGAACUCAGACGCAAGAUAUGGACCUGCUUUGAGCACUCCAUAAUUCAUCACACAGAGUUGAUGCGAGACCGUCACAUGGAUCAGAUGGUCAUGUGUGCCAUAUAUAUCACAUGUAAAGUCACAGGAAAUGACAGAAUUUUCCAAGAAAUUAUGAAACACUACAGGAACCAGCCUCAAGCUGCAUCCCAUGUAUACCGUAGUGUCUUAAUAUCAAGAAAACCUUCAGCCAACAGUACACAGACAGAGGGUUCUGGGCAGCAUCCUGGUAAUGCUCCACCACCCACACCCAGCCAGAUGACAGGAACUUCAGCAAGUUUUGAUUCUGAAGAACGUGGUGAUCUCAUCCUAUUUUACAAUCAAGUUUAUGUUCAGCAGAUGAAAGCAUUUGCUCUCAAGUUCCGUGCAGCUCAAGAGGGUGACCUCCCUCCUCUAUCUCCAUUGCCAGUAGUACGUCACACUCCAAUUUCACCUCGUCGUAGAAUUUCAAACAAUCACUCUGUAUAUAUCAAUUCAUUGAGUCCUAUGCAAGGUAGCACAGCAAUGUCACCUCGAAAACCUCUUCCUUAUUACUUUAAUCGGAGUCCAGCCAAGGACCUAAGAGUCAUAAACACAAUGCUGAAGAUGAAGGGUGUUGGAGGAAAGCGCCACUUAGAUGAGGCAGAUCUUAGUGGACCAGAUGUGAAGCGCCCACUCAUGGGUGGCCUUUCCAAGCGUAUACAAGGAGUUCUAGGGGAUAGGCUCUCUGCCACCCCUACACUAGAUCUACAGCAAGAUUCUCAGCCAACCCAGGACACAUUGCCACAGAACGGCCACGCAACAGAAGCUGGUGGUGGUGACUUCCCACCAGAGCAACCUUAGCAUAUGGCAUAAAGUUUAGGGAGUUAUUCUCAAAGUAAUUGAUAUUAGCUUAGAAUCAAAUGCUUUGCUUAUUCAUCAGUUAUACAAUAGUUACUUGUGUAGAGCUAUCUGAAAUUUCCUGACAGAUGUGAUUUUCAUCAGUCUUGAUAGCUUUUAUUGGUAUGCAGAUUAUUUGUGCUUGCAUUUUCCCAACAUACGGAAUGCAGAGUUGUAUGGCCUUGCAGAACAGUACAUGGGUUAGUAUGCCCAAUGUAAAACAAAACCAUGGGUGGUAUCACUUAUCAGUCAGAUCUUAUCAUCGCAUUUCAAGAAGAUCCAGCAAACCCAGCAGUGCUUUUUCUCAUGCUUUCAAGAAAUUCAAAUUUUUCUUCAUUGUCAACCAAAGAUGUUUGGUUAUGUUCAAUGCUGGUGUUUUUGCCUGGAUGGAUUAAGAGGUGCAGAAAGGAUUUCAGUUGUUAUUAUUGUGGCAAUACUUCUAAAUAAUUAGGUUCAUCAGUUAUAUUAUUUUGGAUAUCUUCUCAUCUUUAGAAAGAUAAGGUGUUCAAUGCCAAACUCAUAAAGAGAACUAAAAUAUUAUUCCCAUGUUUAUAUAGUGAAUCUUAUAUAAAAAAAUGUUUAUCGUUGUAAUUUAAAUGUUUUAAUUUGCAUUUAUACAGUAGUGUACCUUGUUUUAUUUUAAAGAUAUUAAAAGUGUAUAUUUUGCAUCUUCCUUGAUACUUUAAUUAAAUGAUUAAUUAUACAGUAACCAAGUGCUUUUGUACAGAAGCAAGGUUGUGUCUUUACUUUCAGAUUUUGAUAUUUGAAAAUGUCCAAACAGUUUGAGAUCCUAUUUAAAGUUUGUGUGAACCAGAGUAAAUGUUUGGAAACCAAGUUGUUUAAGUACAAGCUUGUAAAGUGUAAUUAAACAAAUGAUUAUGA